AUGCCGUACCGUAAACACCGUGUACAACGACCCAGAGUGAAGCGACGAAGGACCUCGGAGGAGCCUACUGAGGACGCGGGCCAGCAGCAGCAGCCCGAGGCGGGUCCCGCCGAGAAUACUGCAUCACCAUCAGCUGAAAGUUCCACGCGGAGACGAGCUUCGAAUUCGGCUACAGACCACGACGCUGGUACAUUAGACCAUCCAGACGCGACAAGUAGUCCAGCCUCAGCGGAAGCUACUGCUGCCAAUUGGGUGGGACCAUUGAUUGGCUACUGUUUCUGUCGAGACUGGAAAGUUACAAUUAAGGAACCUAUUCCGGGAGUGGUUGUGUGUCAUUGCAAGGAUUGUCAGGCGAUAUCAUCGAGCUUCUUCUGUACAUUCCUUACCGUUAGUAUGGGCUGUCCAACCCCACAGUUACUUUUGAUGUUUGCUCUAUCGCUGCAAGCGGGAUGCAUUACUGAAUCCCUCGAGGGCGCCCUACCGGUCAACAGGAAUUUGUUUGUUGGUCCGCAUAACAAUCCGUCUCCCGCGCUACAAGAGCUCCUGACUCCAAGGAUCGAGAUUUUCACCAAAGAUAGAUCGCAGUGGCGUCCUGAGCAAGAGGGUGUGCUUCAUCAGUACGUUAGCAUGCCUGUCGGGUUUGGUGACAGCGGGAACAGUGACGAUGCGGAAGCGAAUCCUGCCAUUCUUGCUGGGGAUCUGCACUUAUAG